AUGCCUGAUCUAAGUGCAUACUGGUUGUUGAUCCCAUACUGCCUUAUCGGUAUAGCCAAAGUGUUUUCGAUUGUCGGCCUAGUGGAAUUCCUCUACGAGGAAGCUCCGGAUGCAAUGAAGAGUAUAGGCUCCGCGUGUGCUGCUCUAUUCGGCGGUUUGGGUUGUUUCGUUGCCAGUAUAAUCAACAGUAUCGCCAAAUCGGCUACAAGGAAUCCGGAGAAUAAGCAGCUAUCUAGGCUAUCUCAGGAUAUAAACCAAGCGAAAUUUGAUUACUUUUACUGGCUGCUUACAAUUCUUUCUAUAAUCAAUUCUGCAUUUUCUUGUAUUCAGCACAUAGGUACAAGUACAGGACAGAGCAGACCUUCGAGGUCAGGCAAACCAAACAAAACAUCCCUGCUGAGGAAUGAGGAUAGCUAA